CAAGAAUGUUUAUGUAAAUUAUCUGUGACCUCUGAGGCUGGGAAGAGCCAAGAGCCAAUCCCCGGUCGGGGGAUGAGCCAAGAGCCAAUCUCCGAUCGAGGAUGAGCCAAGAGCCAAUCACCGGCCGGCAAGGCUUGCGCAGCUGGCCAACCCUCGCCUUAUAAGAGACUGGCGGUUCAAAUGGGAUCUCAGUCGAUCUCAGAAGCCGGGCCACGCCACACCGCCGAACCAACUGACCCACGAUGUCUUGGUAGAUACCCACGCAAGCAGCAGAGUCCACAUCUCCUUCAACCACCAGAGCACUCACAUCAACUACUCGACAUGCAUUACCUUCCUAUAUUUCUGGUGUGGGCGGUGGUGGUGGGCGGGAGCUGGGCGUGGAGCAGCAGUGAAGUGUCCUGCGCCUCCUGCGGCUCAGAGUGCCAGGCUGCCUGCGGCACCAGGAACUUCCGCGCCUGCUGCUUCAACUUCCAGAGGCGCCGACGGGCCGACCCCCUCGCUCACAGCAGCAGCAGCACGGUGGCAGACGAGUCGGAUACCCUGGCCCUCCAGGGCCUGGUGAGGCUUGGAGGAGGCGGUGCCAGGGACCGCCACUUGGCUAAGGUCCUACGGUCCCUCUCCCGCUCGCUGGAGGCCUCCGAGGUGGACGGCCGUUACUUGGAGCACACGCCUUACCUCUCCACGCCAGUACAGGACUCGAGCGAGGAGCAGGAGGUCGAAGAUGACUUCCUGACCUCGUCAGGUGGUGACGGAGGCGCGGUAGAGGACACGGCACUCUCCCAUCUGGUGACCCUGGCACUCCGUCGUCCACCGGCGGCACUCCGUAAGCGCCAGCAGAGAUUCCCUCCGCCAAACGUGAAGAAAUAAAAUCUCACAUCUGGGAUUUCAUCCCCCAAGUUGCAGGGCAUCGCGGCCAUUAUCCUGACACCCCCUUUGGCACUGAUGCUGGUCCCUCCCUCUUUCCCACUCCUGGCACCUUUCGAACCCUGAUGUGAAUGCCAAGUAUAUUUGUAGCGAAAUACCAUUUAAGUCCAGGCAAGUCCCGCUCUCUAUUUGAUGGUACAUCAACGCAUAACUCUCAUGGACUCUUGUGGAAUAAAAAUUUGUCGAAAACUG